AUGGCCUCGCAUGCCAUCACCAUAUCGGCCAUGCGCUCGCUGGGCGUUUGCAUAAGGACUCGGCCGCGUAUAUGUACACAUGCAACUAUGAGGCCUCAUCUGGGCCGCGCUAGGUCCCUGCAUGUUGCGCCUUUUCUCAUGCCGCCGUUGGUGUUUACUGGCUUGUUUGUAGCUUUGUGGAGUUGGAAGUGUUUGAUGAUGGUUCUGUUCCAGAAUACGAUCAUCUAUAAUCCGUUCUUACCACCCAAUUCUCGGAGUUUGACCAUUGAGGAGUUCUCCCGCGACUGUGGACGCGUGAAAUGGAGGGAAGAGAGAAUUAAGUCAUUGGAUGGAACAGAGAUUGCCUUGUGUGUAGCAGAUGUUCCCCCAGUAUCUCAAGCGAGUGCUGGUAAAACAAAGCACCCAGUUUAUAUCCUCUACUUUCAAGCUCAAUUACAUGAAAGUAGAUCAGAGAAUGCUGAUCAAGAGAAACCAACAGUACUGCUCUGGGGACAGAGCAUUGGCUGUGGUUUUGCAACUAACCUAGCAGCCAAAGGCGAAUUCCCUCCCAAUAUAAAACUUAACGGUCUUAUUCUGGAAACACCCUUUACAAACGUCCGAGCAAUGCUCCAAGCAUUAUAUCCACAGAAGUGGCUUCCUUAUCAAUAUCUCUGGCCAUUUCUCCGAAACCACCUGGACAGCUGGACCAACCUCAGCAUGAUAGCCAAGAGAUUCCCAGAUGCGCCACCGGGGAUAUACAUAGUAGAAGCCGGAAAAGAUGAGCUUGUACCUGCCAAUCACGGCGAGGAACUGCUUCAGCGAUGCCAACAGGUUGGACUCCCAGUGGAGCGCCAAAAGAUCCGCGGGGCACUUCACAACGAAGCCAUGGUGAGAGUCUCGGGCAAACAAGCACUUGCGCAGUCCAUCUCGACGGCUGCAACACGGGCACGGGAACAGGACUUGUUAGGAAAAGGAGAAGAUGUGAACAAUGCAGGGAGAGGGUCGACUUGAAACUGAUCAAGUUGAGGGGCAAAACGUCCAAGUCUCGAGUUCUCUGGCGUGAAUUCGGGACUUAUCGGUCAUCUGCAGCCGUGGCGUACAGGGAUCUUAAGUGUGUGUGACAGGAAAUGCCGUCACGGUCAACCGUAUAACGGGCAUUGUCAGGGUCGAUGCCCUCAAAUCUCAGGGAGGUUUCUCAUCCGAGCCUCGCACUAAGGGUCACUAGAACCCAACAGGCUGUAUCGAGUGUGGAGGUGUUGGGAGCUAUGUCAGGUACCUUACCUUGGUUCCCCUGGUUAAAUCACAAAUCAUACCCACCGACGAAAGGCUAAAAGAUCCACUAUCAAUUAAAACAGCAUGGGGUUAAAGGGCAAAAAGUUGUUUGUGGUCGAGAGUGUGCUUGGAGGGGAGAAGCUGUUAUGUGAAGUCGUGAGAACUAGAUAGGCAACGAGGCCUCGUAAUGGCCAUACAUCAUCAACCCGAUUGAG